AUGGUCGCUGACACCAGUUAUUAUGAUGCCUUGGGCGUCCCUCCGACAGCGACCGAGCUGGAAAUCAAAAAAGCGUAUCGCAAGCUUGCCAUAGUCACUCACCCCGACAAAAACCCCGGAGACGAGACGGCCCAUGAGCGUUUCCAAGCGAUCGGCGAAGCCUACCAGGUACUGAGCAACGAAGACCUGCGCAAGCGAUAUGACAAGUUUGGCAAGGAAGAUGCGGUUCCGGGCGGUGGCUUCGAGGACCCAUCGGAGUUCUUCAGCAUGAUUUUUGGUGGCGAAGCAUUCGUUGAUCUGAUUGGCGAGAUUUCUCUCAUGAAAGACUUGACCGCGACCAUGGACAUCACAAUGCAAGAAAUGGAAGAGGAAGAGCUAGCAGAGUCUGCUGAGCAGAAACUGAACAUUCAUGACGAGGAGGUCAAGGCCCAAGGUGAAGGUUCUUCCGCCGCGGCAGCAAAGGCUGCAGAAGCUGCUUCGGAGGUACCGGCUCACAGUGAGGCUGCUGCACCCCCCUCCUAUGGAGAUGCUACUGUGUCCCCGAGCCACGCGGAGAAACCCACUCAGGGCUCUGGCGCAAGCACUCCUCGGAGGUAUAUGGGACAGCAGGCAUUGAUGGACAAGUCCGAGGAGGAGGCACGGAUGGAGGCAGCUGGCCUGUCGCAGGAGGAAAAAGAACUUCGCAAAAAGGAGAAAAAGAAGGGCCUUUCCAAAGAGCAACAGGAGCGUCUUGCCGCCUUUGAGGAAGAGCGCAGAAAGGCCCGGGAGGAACGUGUCAAUACCCUCGCCAACAAGUUGAUUGACCGUCUGAGCGUGUGGACGGAGACAGACAAAGGCAAGGAUGUGACUCGCGCCUUUGAGGAGAAGAUUCGCUUGGAAGUGGAAAACUUGAAAAUGGAAUCUUUCGGACUUGAGAUUCUGCAUGCCGUCGGCGCAACUUAUGUCCAGAAGGGUACCUCGUUCCUGAAGUCGCAGAAAUUCCUUGGCAUUUCUGGUUUCUUCUCGCGACUUAAAGAUAAGGGCACCUUGGCCAAGGAGACUUGGACUACCAUUUCCACCGCUAUUGACGCGCAGAUGACAAUGGAGGAGAUGGCGAAGCUCGAGGAACGCGGUGGCGAAGACUGGACAGAUGAGAAGAAGGCCGAGUAUGAGAAGAAGGUGACUGGCAAGAUUCUUGCGGCUGCCUGGCGCGGCAGCAAGUUCGAGAUUCAAAGUGUCCUUCGCGAGGUUUGUGACCAGAUUCUGAACGACAAGCGAAUCCGCCUCGAGAAGCGCGUGGAGCGCGCCCAUGCGCUUGUGCUGGCAGGUAACAUCUAUGCCAAGGCCGAGCGCGACCCCGAGGAAGAAGGCGAUUACAUGGCCUUUGAACAGUUAAUGGCUGAGGCCCAUUUGCAAGAAGAAAGGAAAGGAUGA